GGUUGUCCGUAGCACCCACAGAUCGACCGACACUCACCAGCACGGCCGUCAUCGUGCCUCAGCAGUGCACGACACUUGGAGCUCAUCAGCUGGAGCCUUGACCUGUGACGACACGCCCGUCUCCAUCAUGGCGGAAUCCAAGUCGGUUCAGAACGUCGACACCAUUGGCGUGCACGAUGAUCUGCACGCACGUGUCAUUGUGGCCGAAGGCACGGGCAAGACCGCGCAGCAGGAGGGUGCCAAGGCCAAGACGGUCCACAAUGCCGAGCUAUUCGCUGCCAUCCAGGAAUCCCCCAUUGCUCGCUGGAGCAAAGAGUCCAUCCACCUCUACUUCUCCAUCUUCGUGGCCUUCUGCUGUGCUUGCGCCAACGGCUACGAUGGCUCUCUCAUGACUGGUAUCAUCGCCAUGCCCAAGUUUGAGAAGGUCUACGAGAUCGAAAAUUAUCCCAUCAAGACAUCGCUGAUCAUGUCCCUCUACACGGUUGGUGCCAUUGUUUGCUCGCCUUUCGCUGCGAUGCUUUCCGACAAGUUUGGACGCAGAAUGACAAUGUUCGUUGGUGGUGCUGUCAUCAUCCUUGGCGCUAUUGUUGCCUCGACCUCCAUGACCCUCGCCCAGAUCGUUGUUGCCCGCUUCAUCCUCGGAGGUGGUAUCGCCAUCAUGACCGUUGGAGCGCCCGCCUACGCUGUGGAGAUCUCCCCUCCUCACUGGCGCGGUCGUGCCGUCGGUUUCUACAACUGUGGCUGGUUCGGCGGUUCGAUCCCUGCCGCUGCGGUCACUUACGGCUGCAACAAGCUCGACAACAACCUCUCGUGGCAGAUUCCCUUGGCCAUGCAGUGUUUCGCGUGCGUUCUCGUCAUGACUAGUGUCUGGUUUAUUCCCGAGUCGCCUCGCUGGCUCCUGGCCAACGGCCGCGAGGAAGAGGCCGCCGCGUUCCUGGCCAAGUACCACGGAAACGGCCGCACUGACUCGCGCCUUGUCAUGCUCGAGAUCGAGGAGAUGAAGGAGGGUAUUCGCCAGGAUGGUGUGGACAAGGAGCCUCUGAACUACAAGCCCUUGUUUUUCUCCCACGCUGGCCGCUGGAGAAUGGCUCAGGUCCUCAUGAUCUCCGUUUUCGGCCAGUUUUCGGGCAAUGGUCUUGGCUACUUCAACGCGACCAUCUUCAAAUUGAUUGGCGUCGAGACAGUCGACGCUCAGCUUGGAUACAACAUUCUCAACAGCGUCAUUUCUGCUAUUGGAGCUGGUAUCGCAGUGUGCCUUACAGACAGGAUGCCUCGGCGCAAGGUCCUGGUUAUUGGUACAUUCAUCUGCGCAGUGACUCUGGCUGCCAACGGUGGCCUUGCCGAAACCAUAUCCAUGCAAAGCCCGAUCCUUCUCUCCUACGGCCAAGGUGCCCUUGCCGCCUACUUCCUCUUCAACUUCAUCUUCUCCUUCACAUACACGCCUCUCCAGGGUGUCAUUCCCGCCGAGGCUCUCGAAACGACCAUCAGAGCCAAGGGUCUGGCCGCAUCCGGCAUGAUUGUCAACUCGAUCAGUUUCAUCAACCUGUUCGCCGGCCCCAUCGCCUUGAACAACAUCAAGCACCGCUACAUUUUUGUCUUUGUCGCAUGGGACUGCUUUGAGUCUCUCAUGUGGUACCUCUUCUGUGUCGAGUCCCAGGGCCGCACCCUCGAGCAGCUCGAGUGGGUCUACGACCAGAAGAACCCCGUCAAGGCCUCUCUCAAGGUCGACAAGGUCGUUGUCCAGAGCGACGGCCACGUCACCGAGAAGAUUGCCGACAGCUCGUCCGCCAGCCUCUAAAUGCCAGACACGUCGAGGAGUUUGUUUCUUUGGCAAGGCAAUCAACCUGUCGUCAAGACAGGUGGUCUUGUCCUGCCUACAUUUGUGCUGGAAUGAGGCUCGACGUCUACUGGUGGCACUGCUUCUGUCCGCCAAGAGCGUUUGAUUGCCCAUGGCUUAUUCACCAGUAGCAUGGUCGUCUCCCGUUGGCGCUGUGGCCUCAGCGUGCUGGUUCUUGUUCAUCUUAGCGAAUAUCCCGGGGUGGUUGUUUGACACAAUUGCUGUUGAAGGAGGAGGAGGUGGUGGUGUUUAUGAUAGCUCUGAUUUUAAUGAUAUGACGCCGAGCGCUAUUAUGCCUGCGCAGUGUUGAUUCCUGUCC